GCGCCGGCGAAGAAUACUCUCUGUUUAGAGAAAAGUAAACGGAGAGAGAUUUUUUUGAAAAAAAAAUGUCUAAUCUCUUAAAGGAUUUCGAGGUCGAAGCUAAGAAUCCGUCGCUCGAAGCUCGUCAACGAUGGCGGUCCUCCGUCGGACUCGUCAAAAAUCGGGCUCGUCGAUUCCGUAUGAUCAGCAAUCUCGAGAAACUCGCUGAGAAUGACAAGAAGAGAUGCGAGAUCCAGGAAAAGAUUCGGGUUGCCUUCUAUGUUCAAAAGGCAGCUCUUCAGUUCAUUGAUGCUGGUGCCCGCCGUGAAUAUAAACUCACUGAUGAGGUCAAACAAGCAGGAUUUUAUGUCGAAGCAGAUGAGCUUGCUUCUAUGGUUCGCAAUCAUGACACAAAGAGCCUUACCAAGAGCGGAGGACCUGAAGGAAUUGCUCAGAAAGUGUCUGUAUCUCUCGCUGAAGGUGUCCGUUCGAGUGAACUACACAUCAGAGAGAAAAUCUAUGGAGAAAACCGUUAUCCUGAGAAACCUGCCAGAUCAUUUUUAACGUUUGUUUGGGAAGCGCUUCAAGACAUAACCCUUAUCAUCCUUAUGGUCUGCGCUGUAGUAUCGAUAGGAGUGGGAGUUGCCACAGAAGGAUUUCCAAAGGGCAUGUAUGAUGGGACGGGGAUCUUGCUUAGUAUAAUCUUGGUGGUCAUGGUUACUGCUAUCAGUGACUACAAGCAAUCUUUGCAGUUCAGAGAUUUGGAUCGAGAGAAAAAGAAGAUUAUUAUUCAAGUCACCAGGGAUGGGAGCAGACAAGAGAUCUCCAUCCAUGACUUGGUUGUUGGAGAUGUGGUUCAUUUAUCUAUUGGGGAUCAAGUUCCAGCUGAUGGAAUUUUUAUAUCCGGAUACAAUCUGGAGAUAGAUGAAUCAAGCUUAUCGGGCGAGAGUGAACCAUCACAUGUGAAUAAAGAGAAGCCGUUUCUGCUUUCAGGAACCAAAGUCCAAAACGGCUCUGCAAAAAUGCUGGUUACAACCGUUGGUAUGAGGACUGAGUGGGGAAAGUUGAUGGAUACUCUGAGUGAGGGUGGAGAGGAUGAGACCCCUCUGCAGGUGAAACUAAACGGUGUUGCAACAAUCAUAGGUAAGAUUGGUUUAGGAUUUGCAGUGACUACGUUUUUGGUGUUGUGCAUAAGGUUCGUUGUGGAGAAAGCCACGGCUGGUAGCAUCACUGAGUGGUCUUCUGAAGAUGCACUAACAUUUCUUGACUACUUUGCAAUUGCUGUUACCAUUAUAGUUGUUGCUGUACCUGAAGGAUUACCUUUGGCUGUGACCUUAAGUCUAGCAUUUGCUAUGAAGAAGUUAAUGAGUGACAGGGCACUUGUUAGGCAUCUGGCUGCAUGUGAGACGAUGGGUUCUUCUACCUGCAUCUGCACGGAUAAAACAGGGACCUUAACCACUAACCACAUGGUAGUCAACAAAGUUUGGAUAUGUGAAAAUAUCAAGGAGAGGCAAGAGGAAAACUUCCAGUUGAACCUAUCUGAACAAGUUAAGAAUAUCCUUAUACAGGCCAUCUUUCAGAACACUGGUUCUGAAGUCGUUAAGGAUAAGGAAGGAAAAACUCAGAUCCUGGGUUCACCUACAGAAAGGGCUAUACUGGAAUUUGGUUUGCUUUUGGGUGGUGACGUUGACACACAACGCCGAGAACAUAAGAUACUCAAGAUAGAGCCAUUCAACUCAGACAAGAAGAAAAUGUCUGUUCUUACAUCUCAUUCUGGUGGUAAAGUACGUGCUUUCUGCAAAGGUGCAUCUGAAAUAGUCUUGAAAAUGUGUGAGAAGGUUGUGGAUUCAAACGGAGAAUCUGUUCCUUUAUCUGAAGAAAAGAUUGCAAGUAUCUCUGAUGUCAUAGAGGGAUUUGCUUCAGAGGCUCUGAGGACUCUCUGCUUAGUUUACACGGAUCUUGAUGAAGCUCCCAGUGGGAAUCUUCCUGAUGGUGGCUACACAUUGGUUGCAGUUGUUGGAAUCAAGGACCCGGUUCGGCCUGGUGUUAGGGAAGCCGUUCAGACUUGUCAAGCUGCUGGAAUCACUGUUCGUAUGGUCACUGGUGAUAACAUAAGCACUGCCAAAGCAAUUGCCAAGGAAUGUGGUAUACUUACAGCAGGAGGUGUAGCUAUAGAAGGUUCAGAAUUCCGUAAUCUGCCUCCACAUGAAAUGAGGGCCAUUUUACCCAAAAUUCAGGUGAUGGCUCGGUCUUUGCCAUUGGACAAACAUACAUUAGUCAACAACUUGAGGAAAAUGGGAGAGGUAGUUGCAGUGACUGGGGAUGGAACAAAUGAUGCUCCUGCAUUGCAUGAGGCUGACAUUGGACUUGCCAUGGGAAUAGCUGGAACAGAGGUUGCAAAAGAGAAUGCUGAUGUAAUCAUAAUGGACGACAACUUUGCAACAAUAGUGAAUGUGGCGAAAUGGGGACGUGCUGUGUAUAUAAACAUCCAGAAGUUUGUUCAGUUCCAGCUAACAGUUAAUGUUGUUGCUUUGAUCAUCAACUUUGUCUCUGCUUGCAUCACCGGAUCUGCGCCACUCACUGCAGUGCAACUACUUUGGGUGAACAUGAUCAUGGACACACUCGGAGCAUUGGCUCUAGCAACCGAACCUCCCAACGAAGGUUUAAUGAAACGCCCACCAAUUGCUAGAACCGCAAGCUUCAUCACCAGAGCUAUGUGGAGAAACAUCAUUGGUCAAAGCAUUUAUCAGUUAAUCGUCCUCGGCAUUCUCAACUUUGCUGGCAAACAAAUACUCAACCUCAACGGCCCAGAUUCAACAGCUGUUCUCAAUACCAUCAUCUUCAACUCCUUCGUCUUUUGUCAGGUGUUUAAUGAAGUAAACAGCCGAGAGAUAGAGAAGAUAAACGUGUUCAAAGGAAUGUUCAAGAGUUGGGUGUUUGUUGCUGUAAUGACUGCAACAGUUGGAUUCCAAGUGAUCAUUGUUGAGUUCCUUGGAGCAUUUGCAAACACUGUUCCUUUGAGCUGGCAACAUUGGCUACUCUGCAUUUUGAUUGGUUCCGUAAGCAUGAUUCUAGCCGUUGGUCUUAAAUGUAUACCGGUUGAGUUUAACCGUCAUCACGAUGGCUAUGAGCUGCUUCCUUCUGGUCCAUCCGACUCUGCCUAACCCACCUUCUAGUAAUCGCUACGUCCAUUUUAUAUUUGAUUUUUUUUUUUCCUUUUUCAACUCCGGGCUAAUGAUCUGAUCUCAAUUUGUAUAAAAUCGUUGCUGGAUU